CUCCCCGACACCGGUAGCCCGCGCCGCCGCCGCCGCCGCCGCCGCCGCAACGCCGCAACUCACACCCGCGAUGCAGCCCUUUGGUCGCUCGGUUGCGCAAGCAGCCUGGGCUCAUGGCCGACGGCUGCUCCUCACGGAUCGGGCCACGUUCCGGCCGACUCUGGCAGCAGCUACUACCUCGGAUGCCCUCCAACCGAACAGGUCCCUCUGCUCGCCGUGCAGCGGUCGCGGGGCCAUUGCUUCCCGGUUGCGCCUCUACUCGACGCAGCCGCCUCCAGACAACAGCGAAAAGGUCCACAAGGUCAACGCCGAAUCCGAUCCGCCGGCGCCCGACUCUCUCCCGCAGGCGUCGGAGCUCCCCUCGAGCAUGGAUCGCCGACGCAGCGACUUCAACCAAAAGUUCAGCCACCUCAUGGACAACCUCCAGUCUCGUGUGCUGACCGCCUCGCACACCCUCAACGACAUCACGGGCUACUCGUCCAUCGAUCGUAUCAAAGCCGAGAACGAAUCCCUCGAAGUGCAGCUCGCCGAUGCGCAGUCACGCGUGCGGACUGCCCGGCAGGCCUACAAGACGUCCAACACCAAGCGCGCUACGACGCAGCGCGAGGUGACGACGCUCCUUGCGCGCAAGGACUCGUGGUCGCCGCACGACCUGGAGCGCUUCACGGAGCUGUAUCGCGCCGACCACGUGCUCGAGGGCGAGGUCGCCAGCGCGCAGGAGUCCUUGACCGAGGCCGAGGCCGACGAGCAGAAGCUCAGCCAGCGCCUCAGCGCAGGCAUCCUCAAGCGCUACCACGAGGAGCAGAUCUGGAGCGACAGGAUACGCAGGGCCAGCACCUGGGGCACGUGGGGCCUCAUGGGCAUGAACUUUGUGCUCUUCGUGGUGCUGCAGUUUGUCGCCGAGCCCUGGCGCCGAAGGCGGCUCGUCAAAGGCGUUGUCGCCGAGGAGAAGGCCGUGCUAGAGGAAGUUCGCAACGAGCUCUCGGCAGUGAAGCUGAGUCUCGCCAAGAAGGAUGAGGAACGGGUUCGCCGGCAAGAGCAGGAACUCGGCGCGGAGCUGUCUACCCCUGUGGCGGCGCUGCAAGACGUCUCUGGUGCCCAAGACGAGGGGCCCGAGGGCACAUGGCGGGACAUCAUACUAGACCCUGGACGGUGGCAGUCGGCCGUUCAAGACCUGGGUAGCGAGAGGAGGAUAGACUUGAGAAUGAGGGACGCGUCCGUGCUGGCCCUGGAGGCGGCGCUGGCGGGUGCUGCGGUGGCCGGGAGCAUAGCGCUGCUUCUGGCUCGGGGAGCGUAGGUGGUGGCAUUGCAUUGCGAGCGAGCGAGAUGACUCUACCUUGUACCAUAAGACAUGGCCCAUGUACAAUAUGGCGACGAAUCUAGACACGUCUACGUGCUCCUCCCCACGUUGCAUGACGGGGGUGUCCAUCUGGUGUUGGUCUGCAACUUGUAUGUGCGGCUAUGCCAACAGGAC